UAAAAUGUCCACAUCAGAGUGCCCCUUACAUCAACUAUCCCUAUCAGUGUACCCCUUACAUCAACUGUCCCCAUCAGAGUGCCCCCUUGCAUCAACUGUCCCCAUCAGAGUACCCCUUACAUCAACUGUCCCCAUCAGAGUGCCCCCUUACAUCAGGUAUCCCCAUCAGAGUGCCCCUUUACAUCAACUGUCCCCAUCAGAGUGCCCCUUACAUCAACUGUCCCCAUCAGAGUGCCCCUUACAUCAACUGUCCCCAUCAGAGUGCCCCCUUACAUCAACUGUCCCCAUCAGAGUGCCCCUUACAUCAACUGUCCCCAUCAGAGUGCCAUCAACUGUCCCCAUCAGAGUCCCCCUUACAUCAACUGUCCCCAUCAGAGUCCCCUUUACAUCAACUGUCCCCAUCACAGUGCCCCCUUACAUCAACUGUCCCCAUCAGAGUGCCAUCAACUGUCCCCAUCAGAGUCCCCCUUAC